UAUGAACACAUCUGAGCACGGAAGUGCACGUCCAAUACAUCAAGCUCAUGAAUAUGAUACCGAAAGUAACUUUAAUUUGCUAAAACCCUGCUCAAGUUCGCAGACAAUCAGGCUUAGCAACACGUCAAAAUGGCAAAUCUAAAAGAUGACAUAAUCAAACUCUGCUGUGAAAUCUCCACAAAUAAGAGGAUAAAAGCAGCAUUUAAAAACUCAGCGAAAGGAGCCGUAGUUACAGGAGGAACUGCUUUUGUUGGAGGGCUGCUCGGUGGUCCUGCCGGUAUAGCUGUUGGUGCUGUUGUGGGAGGUGCGCUGGGCGGAUGGAUGACCAGCGGCCAAUUCAAACCUCUUCCUGAGAUCCUCAUGGAACUGAGUCAUACACAGCAAGAGAAACUGUACUCCGAUGUCAUGGCCAUAGUGGGUACACUGAAAUGGACUGAGGUUGCGCAGCUGAUUGCUCAAGUUAAUGGGAAUGCCUCUCUACAUGAGCAGGUGCUGGGUGCUGUACUUAAUUUUACUAAAAACCAACUCAAAGCUGAUGUGCGGUAUGAAGACUGACCGGAGGGUGAAUGUCACUGGUUCAGUUUUGGUGAUUUGUUACAGAAGUUGCUACUAGUUUGCAUUAUUCUUGAAAAGGCUGAUGAUGCACAGGGCAACGUUUUUUUAGCAAUGCUGUUUGGGUACUUUCCCAUUGAGGAUGGGUAACACAUUUCUGGAUACUUUAGAUCGGUCGUGGGCCCUGUGUCUCACCUGGUUGGCCGUUGACCGCAACAUUGCAUUGCCCAAAGUUGCCCAGCAACAUUGCUCAAAAAGUUGCCCCGUGUAUAAUCACCCUUUCUGUCAUACGUGAAUAUUUUAAUAAAACACUAUUAUGAUGAGAUGUAAGAUGUAACUACGCUAAAUUGGAACUUGUAAAAAAUAUUUAGGCCAGACAUUUUACAUAUCAGAAAAAUAGACAUGAUCAUGCAUGAUCCUUUUAAUUUGCCAAUGCAAAUUAUGCAAUGCCUGUUGACAUGAAUGCAUAAAAAUACAUAAUGGUGAUGUGUAAA